AUGGACAUCUGCACCUCCCUCCCGUCGGGCCGUCCCACCCUUCCCAUUCCAUCCUCCCCACCCUCCUCCUUCCCCCCUCUUUUCCUCUCCCCCCUUCCCCCCCCCCCACACGCUGCGUGUGUCCGUCCGUCUGGCCGGUGGCGGUGGUGGUGGGAGGGGGCAACUUCUUCCAAGGGGCCAAGUGAUCAGGCGUCUGUGGGCUCGACAGAAUUCCCCCCUCUCUCACUCUUCUCCGUGGCAGUGGUGGUGGGAGGGGGCAACUUCUUCCGAGGGGCCAAGUGGUCGGGCGUCAGUGGGCUCGACAGGGCAUCGGCAGACCACAUAGGGUGGGUGGGAGGGCGGGUGGGCAGGCGGGUGGGCAGGCGGGUGGGCAGGCAGGUGGGCGGGCGGGUGGGGAGGCGGGUGGGCGGGCGGGUGGGCGGGCGGGCAUACUCCCUGUGUACGAGGGCAUACUCUCCUCUCCUGUGCGCACCUUCUCCUCUUCACAAUUGCCCUCCCCGCCCGCCCGACCCCCACUUCCCCCUUCCACCCCAGCAUGCUAGCAACGGUGAUGAGCGGCAUAUUCCUGCAGCCGUUGUUGGAGAGCCCUCCCAUGUCCGCCCUCCCCCCUCCAUUCCCCCCAUCCUUCCUACCAUCUCUCCCUCCUCCUCCUCCCCUCCCCCUGCAACCCCCCCCUCCCCCACCCCUCGCAGCAUGCUAGCGACGGUGAUGAACGGCAUAUUCCUGCAGGCGUCGUUGGAGAGCGAGGGCGUGGCCACGCGUGUGCAGACGGCCUUCCGCAUGAGCGAGGUGGCGGAGCCCUACAUCCGCCGCCGCGCCGUGCGCCACCUUGAGAAGGGUCGUGUUGUGAUCUUUGCUGCUGGCACCGGCAACCCUUUUUUUACCACGGAUACCGCGGCUGCUUUGCGCGCGGCUGAGAUCGACGCGGAGGUGGUGCUCAAGGCCACGAACGUGGACGGAGUGUAUGACUCGGACCCGCACAGCAACGAGCACGCGCGCCUGCUGCCACUGCUCUCCCACCGCGACGUCACUCUGCAGCAGCUGAGAGUCAUGGACACCACUGCCAUCACGCUCUGCCACGAAAAUGGGCUACCAGUGGUCGUGUUCAACCUAACAGUGCCUGGCAAUAUUGUGCGUGCGCUCAGUGGCGAGCCUGUGGGAACUCUCAUUCUUCCCUGA